UCAAGUCAUGACAUGUUGACCAGAACAAAAGUGCCUGACGAAGGCUAAAAAUUUAAAUAAAUCUUGGGGAACAGUUUACGAAGAAGGGGAAAUGGGGGAGACAUCAGCCACGUGCAUGGCUUUGUUGCUUUGCGGUUGAAAAGAAAACGGCUUCCCUUUGUAACAAUUCUUAAACAAAAGAAAAGCCAAGCAAGGCAGUUGCCAAGUUGGCGUGUAAUGAGUAGCGAAAAGGAAUCCCAGAUUACCAACCCGAAAGCAGGCUAAAAGCCUGCCUGCCUGCCUGCCAGCCAGCCUUUCAACAUACUUAUGACAGACUAUCUCCAUGUGCUGCUUCUUUCCUUUCUACUUGCUCCAUUCUCUCAUCAUUCACCAAUUCCACCCUUAAUUUCUCUCUAUCUUCCUGUCAACUCUCAACCUUUCUCUCUUUCUUCUCUAUCCUUCUUUUUGCCUUUUGUUCUACUUUUCGAAUAUGGUUGCUCUAUCCAUCUAAUGCCUUCAAAACAAAGUUCCAACUCUUUGCUGCAUCUUUACCAAAAAGAAAAAAAAGCUUUACAUUUCAUCGUAGUCAAUAUGAAGAAGAAAAACGGAGUUGGUUGCUGCUUCAAGCUUUUUGCCUUUAUUCUUGGAUUGUCUUCAAUUUUCGUCUCAGUAAAAUCCCAGACAAGCGCAAGUGAUGAUGCUGCAACCAUGUUAGCCCUCAGGAAGACUCUUAGCCCACCCGAAUCUCUCGGAUGGUCCGACCCCGAUCCCUGCAACUGGAACCACGUUGUCUGCUCACAGGACAAGCGGGUCACUCGGAUCCAAAUUGGUCACCAGAACCUGCAAGGUACACUUCCUUCAAAUCUUCAAAACCUGACUCAACUAGAGCGAUUAGAGCUACAAUGGAACAACAUUUCAGGUCCCCUCCCUAGCUUAAAUGGGUUAAGCUCACUGCAAGUUGUUAUGCUAAGUAAUAAUCUCUUCACUUCAUUUCCCAUUGAUUUCUUUUCUGGUUUAUCUUCUCUUCAAUCUGUGGAGAUUGAUAACAUCCCUUUUUCUCCUUGGGAAAUCCCUCAAAGUUUGAAAAAUGCUUCUGCUUUGCAGAAUUUCUCAGCCAACUCGGCUAACAUUAUCGGCAAAAUACCAGACAUUUUUGGACCCAAUGAGUUUCCAGGUCUAACCAUUUUGCAUUUAGCCUUCAAUAGUCAAGAAGGAGAGCUACCCUCCAGCUUUUCUGGGUCAUCAAUCCAGUCUUUGUGGGUUAAUGGGCAGGAAAGUAAUGGUAAACUUACCGGUAGCAUUGCUGUAAUACAGAACAUGACAUUCUUGAAAGAGAUUUGGUUACAUUCCAAUUCAUUUUCUGGUCCUUUACCAGACUUCUCCGGUUUGAAAGACUUGCAGAGUCUGAGUCUGAGGGAUAACUCUUUUACUGGCCCUGUUCCCGUUUCUCUGGUGAAGCUUGAAUCACUAAAAACUCUAAAUUUGACAAAUAAUUUACUUCAAGGACCAAUGCCCGAGUUUAAGAAUUCCGUUUCUGUGGAUAUGGUUAAGGAUUCGAAUAGCUUUUGUUUGCCAAGUCCUGGUGACUGUGAUCCGAGGGUCAAUAUGUUGCUUACUGUUGUGAAGUCGACGGAUUAUCCACAAAAGCUUGCUGAAAAUUGGAAGGGGAAUGACCCAUGUGCGGAUUGGCUUGGGAUUACCUGUAGUAAUGGGAACAUUACUGUUGUAAAUUUUGCAAAGAUGGGCCUUAUAGGUAAAAUCUCUCCUGAUUUUGCAUCACUUAAGUCUUUGCAGAGGCUGAUUCUUGCUGACAAUAAUCUGACUGGUCCUAUUCCUGAGGAGCUUACUACUCUGGUUGCACUUAAAGAACUUGAUGUGUCAAACAAUCAACUUUAUGGGAAAAUCCCUACUUUCAAAAGCAUUGUCAUUUUGGAUACAAAUGGUAAUCCUGACAUAGGCAAGGACAAAAGUAGUUAUACUUCUCCAGGUUCAGAAUCUGGCAAUCCCAAUGCAGGCACAGGAUCUAACAGUAGUGGAAGUUCUGGAAAUAGUGGCAAGAAAUCUUCAUCUUUGAUUGUAAUCAUUAUAGUUUCUGUGUUUGGGGGUCUGGCAGUUGUUGGCUUGCUUGGUUUGUUGGUUUUCUGUCUUUACAAAAAGAAACAGAAACGGUUUAGCAGAGUACAGAGCCCAAAUGCAAUGGUAAUUCACCCUCGCCAUUCUGGCUCAGAUAACGAAAGUGUUAAGAUUACGGUUGCUGGCUCAAGUGUUAGUGUUGGUGCUGUCAGUGAAACUCAUACGAUUCCGAGCAGUGAGCCUGGUGACAUACAAAUGGUUGAGGCAGGAAACAUGGUGAUCUCUAUCCAAGUUCUAAGGAAUGUGACCAACAAUUUCAGUGAAGAAAAUAUAUUGGGACUAGGGGGUUUUGGUGUGGUAUAUAACGGUGAGUUGCAUGAUGGUACAAAGAUCGCUGUGAAGAGAAUGGAAUCUGGGGUUAUUACUGGGAAGGGUUUAGCAGAAUUUAAGUCUGAGAUUGCCGUAUUGACAAAGGUUCGGCAUCGGCAUCUUGUUGCUCUUCUCGGCUAUUGCCUGGAUGGGAAUGAAAAGCUUCUUGUGUAUGAAUACAUGAACCAAGGUACUCUAAGUAGACAUAUAUUUAACUGGGCAGAAGAAGGAUUAAAACCACUUGAAUGGACAAAAAGGUUGACCAUUGCCUUAGAUGUGGCAAGGGGUGUUGAGUAUCUUCACGGUUUGGCCCAUCAAAGUUUUAUACAUAGAGACUUGAAGCCUUCAAACAUUCUACUAGGAGACGAUAUGAGGGCUAAGGUAGCUGAUUUUGGUCUUGUGCGUCUUGCUCCUGAGGGUAAAGGCUCGAUUGAAACUAGAAUUGCUGGAACCUUUGGAUACUUGGCACCAGAAUAUGCUGUUACAGGACGAGUUACAACAAAAGUUGAUGUAUUUAGCUUUGGGGUGAUAUUGAUGGAGCUAAUCACUGGCAGAAGAGCACUUGAUGAGAGCCAACCUGAGGAAAGCAUGCACCUAGUUACAUGGUUCAAGAGAAUGCACAUCAACAAGGAACCCUUCCGCAAAGCCAUUGACCACACAAUCGACCUCAAUGAGGAAACACUUGCCAGUAUCAGCACCGUUGCAGAGUUGGCAGGUCAUUGCUGUGCAAGGGAACCAUAUCAAAGGCCUGAUAUGGGUCAUGCUGUGAAUGUGCUAUGUUCUCUAGUGGAGCUUUGGAAACCAACUGAUCAAUGUUCUGAAGAUAUAUAUGGCAUUGACCUUGAAAUGUCACUGCCACAAGCAUUAAAGAAGUGGCAAGAUUAUGAAGGAAGAAGCAAUUUGGAAUCUUCAUCUUCUUCACUUCUUCCCAGCUUAGACAACACUCAAACCAGCAUUCCCACGCGGCCUUAUGGAUUUGCUGAGUCAUUUACAUCGGCAGAUGGGAGAUAAGAAGUUGUAAAUUAUGGUAUCAGUGGCUCUGUAUGUUCAUUCGCAAUGCUUCUUGGUUCUUCUUAGUACAGUACUUGUACCCUAAAUUAUUUUGCCCACGACCUCAUGAUGUUGUAUUUUUCUUGGAAU